GAACUGUCAGGGAAGUGGUCUUAUUUCAAACAUGAUUGACGGCCUUGAUGAAAUAGUUGCUAGGGGAAACACUCCAUCCAGGUCUGUUGUAUCCAUGUCUGUUGGGGCUGGCGCUAGUACAUCACUAGACAAUGCCGUACAACGAGUUAUCGAUGAUGGUUAUACGGCUUCCAUCGCAGCUGGCAAUGAAAACCAAGAUGCUUGCAAUACUUCACCUGCAAGAGUUGAAGAUGCUAUUACUGUUGGUGCAACCGACGUUAACGACAAUCGAGCAGGCUUCUCCAACUGGGGCAGCUGUCUUGACAUAUUUGCACCUGGUGUUGCUGUUAGAAGCGCCUGGUAUACGUGUGAUUCUUGUUAUGAAACCAUAAGUGGAACCUCUAUGGCAUGUCCUCAUGUCUCUGGUGUUGCCGCCGUACAUCUUGGUGCUGGCACUUGUAACGACAAUGCCAGCUGUAGAAAUCAAAUUGUUGUUGUGGAUUCUACUAUUGGUGCAGUAAAUGAUCCCAACGGAUCACCAAAUUUGUUGUUAUAUUGUGACUAAAUAUACACAAUAAACAAAGG